AUGAGUGUUUCUUUGACCGAUGUUAGUAACUGGAUGACUCAAUAUAUUAUGAGUAUAUUUUUGCUUGUUGGUAUUCUUGGAAAUGUAAUUAAUAUAUAUAUGUUUACACGUAAAGAAUCAUUUCGUAAUUCUUGUUCUUUAUAUCUUCUUGCAGCAUCUAUUCUUAAUAUUUUAAGUAUAAUUUGGGGUAUAUGUCCAUCUCUUUAUACUUUAUAUAAUACAGAUCCUUCAACAUAUUCUUUUAUCUAUUGUAAACUUCGUUUGUAUACACUUCAUACUCUUCUUAUGAUUGGUCGAUCACUUAUGGUAUUUGCAUGUGGUGAUCGAUAUGCAUUGUGUUCACGAUCUGCACGACUUCGUUCAUUUUGUGAACCAAAACUAGCUAUUAAAUUAAUUAUUGCACAUAUAUUUGUAUGGCCAUUAUUAACUGUACAUAUUGUUUUCUUAGAAAAUUUUACUGGACACAAAUGUUCUAUGUUAGGAUCCAAUGAUCUUAUUUAUGGACUCUAUUCAACUGUUAUUGCAGGAAUUCUUCCACCUCUUUUAAUGUCCAUUUUUAGUAUAUUAACAAUUCGACAUCGUCGUGAACUUAUAAUAAGAUUGAAUGCAGCAAGAAUCAAUAAUAAACGUGAUACUACAUUUAUGAUUAUGUUGCUGAGUCAAGUUAUUGUUUAUGUUCUUACAACAUGUCUCUAUCCAACAGUAACUCUCUAUCGAGCUAUUACCGGUGACCAAACAAAAAGUAAUCAAAGAUUACAAAUCGAAUCAUUUUUAGCUUUUAUUAGUGGUUCAUUUCUUAUUUAUCUGAAUCCUGCAUCAGCAUUUUAUGUUUAUUUUAUAGUUGCAAAAAACUUUCGUAAAGAUUGUAAACAAGCAUUUAUACGAUUGUACAAACGAAUAACUGGAGAAAGAAGACGCGUACAACCAACAAUAGCACAAGUUAAUAGUAUACUUCCUAUGAAUCAUGCUAUUAAACUUUAA